AGAGUAUUGUGGAGUGUGGGGUUGUGAAGCCCGCUACUGCCCAAAUGAGAUAGAGAAACUCCGCCUGCAUCGCUUAAGGCAGAAUGCGUUAUCCCCCAACAGAGAGGCGGAGCCACCAAGUAAAAGGCCCAAGAGGGUGCUGCGUGCCAUUACUAUCUCAACAACUGCAACUGGACCCUCAACCUCUACAACUGCAACUGGACCCUCAACCUCUACAACUGCAACUGGACCCUCAACCUCUACAACUGCAAUUGGACCCUCAACCUCUACAACUGCUACUGGACCCUCAACCUCUGCAACUACAUCAACUAGCCGGUCAGGGGACUCCAGUGAGAAGGAUCCCCUGUGGUCGGGGUUGGACUCCGACCUAUUGGAUUGGGUGCAGGAAAGCUGGACAGCAAGGAAGCCGAUCAAGGGGAUGGAUCAGGUCAGGACAAGGCCUGGUCCAUCGGGUCUCCAGAGCCCCUAGGCUUUUCCUUUGAACUUUGAUAACUAUACCCUUUUGGACUCUAAAAUUUAAAAAAAAAAAAAAAAAAAAAAAACCACUAAAAUUAUCAUUGGACUUUUGAAGUAUUUUAUAUUUGAAAUUGUAGGCUAACUUUUACUUAUGGACUCUUGAGAUUGAUUUUAAUUUUAGGCUAACAAAAUUUAACUUUUGACAACGAUUAAUUUUGAGUAUAACUUUUUUAGGCUAGAGAAAAAUUUUAACCUUUUUUAAUGUUAAUUUUCAUACCUUUUUUUCGGAAUUGUACAAUUUUUUGUAAACUAUGUAAUAUAAUGUAAAUAGUAGUAAGCAGAACGCAUAGUUAUUGUCUUGAAGCUCUGGCGUUUGAGGGCAAACGCAUUUUUUCUUUAAGGGGGGCAGUUGUAGAGACCCACUCUACCUAUUAAAGCACAAAGGGCAAAAUAGGGAAAUGCAGUAUGGUUUUAAAAUCCCUUAAUGGUCUGUGGUUUUGGAAAGUAUAAAUUGCUUGUUGUAUUUUGUGGAAUAAUCUAAGUGCAUUGGGAGUUAAUGGGGACUUUUCUGGGUAGUAAAUUGUUUUGUUGUUGUUUUGCCUGGCUUUAGUGAAUGCAGACCUUGAUCAUGAAACUUCACUCUGGUAAUCAGCUGAUAGUGAUAGUGGGUUCCUGGCUCUGUGGUGUGAAGUUCCUCAUAAAUUAUAUCUUGUGAAUCAGUGUUUAAGCCUUGAGAAUGCCUUCAGUUGCAGAAAUUGUAGUGGAAUUUAGAAAAAUACCUCACAAGAAUUUUGGGGAUUCCCCGUUUCUCCGUUACAGCAG